AUAGGAGUGACUCAUUAAAGCUAUUUUUCAGUUAUUUAGUUAGAUAUAAAAUAUGUCUGAAUCUGAAAUUGGGAAAGUGGUCGACCUAGAAAAUGGGGAAGACGGUAGCAACGAUCCUCUGCUAGCUGAUAUUAAACUGCAAGAUUCAUUAUCUCAACUUAAAUUAAGGAAUCAAGAAGAAAAUGUAGUUGCAAAUACAACCCCAAGUGAAAAUACAGUGACUGUUAAAGGAGGAAACUUCAUUCAGCCACAGUUGGGACCACAGUAUAAUGAAUUCAAAAAACAAGAUGGCGUAAUAGACAGUAACUUCCAAGGAGCAAAUUUUGGAACACAAAAUAUAAAGCAUGUUCAUAACAUACAUAUAUUUCAGAAUUCCCAAGGCUCUUCUGAUAAAAAUGCAAAACCAACCCAUUCUAAUAAUGCAAAGCAAGUAGCAGAAGAUUGGGUUCAACUAUCGAAUACUAUUGGGAUGUUUUCAUCUAAAAAGAUUUCAAAAUAUGGCAGUGUCUACGAAGGGGCAAUAACUAGUGACAUUUGUGAACCAAAGCCUGUAGCUAUAAAGUACUCAGAGUAUAAUGAAACAAAUGUCAAAGAAGCAAAACUUUUAGACAAACUCCCCCCACAUGAAAACGUUGUUACUAUGUAUCACUGUGAUAUACACUGUCAAGGACCAAUGAAAUAUAUGUACAUAGCAAUGGAACUAUGCCACAAGGAAUCAUUGGGAGAAUAUAUCCAUACGCAAAGAGACAAUGGACUACCUUUUAAUGCAAAAUUGAGUAUUUCAUAUUCCAAAAUGGUUGUUGAUGGACUAGACUUCAUCCACCGGCAUGAAAUAAUUCACAGGGAUUUGAAGCCAGAAAAUAUUUUACUUUCAAGGGAUUGUUCUGUCCUCAAAAUUUGUGACUUUGGACUUAGUAAGCAAUUGGAUAAAGGACGUUCUUUUACAAAACAGACAAUGCUACGCCUGGGAACCGAUGGAUACAGGGCGCCAGAAACUUACAACUCAGGUGAUAUAUCGCAACAUGCGGAUAUUUACUCUCUCGCCCUCGUAAUAUAUUUCAUAUGGAGUUAUGGUGAACAUCCUUUUGGAGAUGACCCCGAUGACUGGAAUAGCAACAUAAAACGAAACAAAAAUCGAAACUUUGACCGCCUACAGCUGUAUGAAAAAGUUACAGCCACUAAACUGCUGGAAAGCAUGCUUGAGUUUGAGCCCAAGUCUCGCCCAACAACAGAAAUCAUACUGAAGAAUAUGAUAUGGUAUGACACUCAACCAACUUAUGGUAUGGCUCCUCAGUCACUCACUCAACAAAUAGUUCCAAGACAAGAAGAACCAUCGGUCAAACAUGAAACAAAAAUGUCUGAAACCACAGAAGUACAACAUAUUAUGUAUGAUAAUAACAUUGGAAAAUAUUACAAAUGUUCAGAAGAGAAAAAAUUUCUUGAGUUUGUUGAAGAAGCAUACAACUGUAAAAUAUGGUCAGCGUUUUCAAUAGAUGCAAAAUGUCAGAAAAUAAGUGCAAGCUUUGGUCCUGUUAUUGUGUCAAUAUAUGAAGGAGAUAUUUUGAAUGAAUCAAGCGAUGUUAUCGUUAGCAGUAAAGGAGUGAUUGAAGAAUCGAUUACACGUAAAGUUGGAAAACAAUUAAAGGAAGUACUUUGUCUUGCACCGAAGCCAAUAACAAUAACAACCAGCGGGACUUUACCAUGCAAAAAAAUUGUUCAUACAGUGAUUCCACUCUCGCUUGCUGACCUUCCUGGAAGAAUAUUUGAUAUUUUGGAAGAAGUGGAGAGACUGGGACAUGAAUCAGUAAGCUUGCCAGCUAUUGGAACAGGAUAUGCUGGACUAACGUUCUCUGAAUAUGCGGAGGCAGUGAGGAAAACGUUACUAAAUGUUUCCCUAACAGGAACAUACUGGCACCACCUGAGCACCAUUAAUAUUGUUUUACUUCAUGAAAAUGAUGUCAGACUUGUUCAAGAUAUCAUAUUCAGUAAAAAUGAAGAAAAGUCUGGAAGUGAGAAGAUAGACUCAACAAGCUUUCUCUUUAAGUCAACAGACAUUUCAAGAAUUCACAAGGCUAUAAGAUUUCUUGUUGAUGAAAGACACAAAAGAUUAGCAAAAUUUUGGAUCUACAAUGACUCAUUGCUCCAUCUUUCUCCUGAUACUAAAGAGAAAAUCAACAAAGCUGGAAAACAAAACAAUGUCAAGAUUGUAAUUGCAUACAGAUUGAAGAAUACCAUGCUGCUUGAAGGCCAGGCAAAAAAUGUCAUGAAAGUUCAUAAAGUCAUCAAAGAGAAACUUGGAAAAACCAUCAGUAGAGGUGGUUCUUUCCGAAGAAAUGCCCUAACCUCGAAAACAUCAAAAGAGUUGCAAGAGAUGUAGCCAGAAAAUCUGACUCAAUUAGUGGAAAUUUUUACCUUCAGACUGCUGCAAUAACUAUCUAAUCACAGAUAACUUCAAGCAUGCAUCAAGACAUUAGUUGCCCAUUUUGUACUGUUAAUAAAAGCCUAUUUAUUAUCUUGCACUGAGAAAACGCCAAUCAUGAAAAUAAGACUGCUGGUUUAAUUUUCUCUAGUAUAAUUACGCAAAAAAAAUUUGCUUGGCUCCACAUGCUGGCUGUACAAAUUUUUUAUGAAAAACCAAAAUCUUGAGUAGAGUCCUAUCAAAGCAGUCAUGUUUACUCUUCCAUUAGUUUUAUAGAAGUGAUGGACUAGGCUAUGAAAUCCCAAAAACCCUGAAAAUUAUAUGCCAGAAGGUUAUGAGACUCCUUGCUGUCAUGAGGUUGCUCACAUUCUUCCUCCACACUUCAGUCCAUGCAUAUGUAAUGAAUGAACUGGUAAACUAUCUCAUAAUCAAUAUGGACUGUAACUAGACAAGAGGGCGUGGUUCAUUAUGUGACUAAGCCAUCUUGUUGGCUUUCUUCCCCUCUCCAUAAUUCUCUGAAUAUAUUCUAUGCAAGACUGUCACGACAGCUUUAAAAUUCAUAUUUUAUUUUCUUUCAUUGAACAUUCCUGCAAGUCGAAACCAAUGCUUAUUUAAUUAAUGUUUUGCGAGUAUUCCAGUAUUUUUAGAAAAAGCAUUUGAAGUUGUCAAGCGCUUAUUGACUGGCAGUAAAGUCUUCAGACAAUUUAACCCACUCUAGUCUAGUUUGAAAGUUGAAUUGGCUCAAAAAUAAUUCAAUAUUAGCAAAUGAGGCUUAGCUACAGUUGAAUUUUCCUAUACAACUAUGGUCCCAAAUUCUAAUGUGAGCUAGUAGUAGGACUGUGCAUUUUCGAAUACCCAAUAAUUUUAGAAUCGAAUCUCGAAUACUUGGAACUAAGAUAUGCAGUU